UUGUUCAGAAUUGGAAACAAUCUAUUUUUUAAGACGUUGCUCGAAGACCCCUUCUACACGGGGCUAAGAAGAAAGCGAACACGCGGAGAGGCAUACGACACACUAGUGGAUAAUUUUUUGAAAGCGGUUGUUAAAAGAUUCGGACGCGACACACUUAUUCAGUUUGAAGAUUUUGGAAACGCAAACGCUUAUCGUUUACUGGACAAAUACAAGGAUCAUUACUGCACUUUCAAUGACGAUAUUCAAGGGACGGCAGCCAUUGUCCUCGCUGGUCUACUCACCACUUUGAGAGUGACCAAAAAGAAACUAGCUGAAUAUAAGAUUUUCUUCUUCGGUGCUGGAGGAGCAAACACUGGAGUAGCCGAGCUGUGCAUUCGUCAGAUGGUUGAUGAAGGAAUCUCAGAAAAGGAAGCCUGCUCGAAUAUAUUCUUGUUCGACAUUGAUGGACUUAUAACCACCAGCCGUUCGGAUAUAUCGCCUCGCCACAAACGUUUUGCCAAAGAUCUUCCAAACACAAAAGACUUGCUGAAAGCAAUACAGAUGGCAAAACCACAAGCUCUCAUAGGGGCUUCAACCAAAGGUGGUGCGUUUACCCGAGAAGUUAUCGAGGAGAUGGCCAAGCACAGCGAGCGACCAGUUAUUUUUGCCCUCUCAAACCCAACGAAAAACUCGGAAUGCACAGCAGAAGAGGCAUACAAAUACACAGAUGGAAAAGUACUGUUUGCUUCGGGGUCGCCUUUUGAGAAUGUAGAAAUGAACGGAAAGGUCUACAAACCUGGUCAGGGAAACAACGCAUACAUAUUCCCUGGAGUUGGGCUAGGAUGUAUACUGUUCAAAGCGAAACACAUACCGGAUACAAUCUUCCUCCUAGCGGCCAGGAAAGUUGCAAGUCUGGUGACGGAAAAGUCGCUUAACAAAUACUCUCGAAUCUAUCCGCGUCUGAAGAACAUACGCGAGAUAUCUGUGCAAAUUGCUGUAGAGGUCGGAAACUACCUAUACAAACAAGAUUUAUCUUCAUUGAUUCCUGAACCAGAUGAUAUGGUAGGAUAUGUUGCUCGCUUGGAAAAAUAA